AUUUGAACGUCCGCACGCUGUAUGAGGACAGACAUUGGGUUGCACGGGAUGAGGGAUGUCGGUGGAAAAUGUUAGUGCAACAGUUCUUGUGUCAAUGGUUGUAGCUGGUUAGUGUGAAGAGGAGGAGCACAACAUGUUACAAACAAUGAACACAAAACAAGUGACUUGCCGAUAUUUUAUGCAUGGGGUCUGCCGUGAAGGGAGCAGGUGUUUGUUCUCUCAUGACUUGUCUGCCAGCAAACCGGCAACUAUUUGCAAGUUUUAUCUGAAAGGAGAAUGUGCCUAUGGUACUCGUUGCAGGUAUGAUCACAUCAAGCCUUCAUCGUCUGGUGGGACAGAAAAAUUUCAACCACAGGGAGAAAACAGGUUCUUUCCUUCAAUGUCCAGUUCUUGUUCCAGUUUUGCUAAACCAGAAAAUACAGCAACUGCAGCUGUGAAUGGCGUAUAUUCAUCUGGAAGAAAUUUGAAAAAAACCCUGGUACUGCGAGACAGAGCACUUUGCCGUUCAGAUGAUGAUAACACCAAGCGAUGCACUGCAAAUGGUGUCAGAGAGUCAGAAAGUGGAUACUCUGGGAUUGUAGAAGACCAUGUGGAGUACAAACCUCAGUCUUACUUGGAGGCUAUUCGAAGUGGGCUAGCUGAUCCAGUUCCUGAAAAUCCUGUAGUAGAUAGCCAUCAGCUUUGUCCUUAUGCUGCAGCUGGACAUUGCCACUAUGGUGAUACCUGUCUUUAUCUCCAUGGAGAUGUGUGUGACAUAUGCCAAUUGAUGGUGCUUCAUCCCUUUGUCCCAGAGCAAAGGAAAAUGCAUAAGAAGAUGUGUAUGGAAGCUUUUGAACAUGACAUGGAAAGAGCAUUUGCCAUUCAGUACAGUCAGGAUAAAGUGUGUUCAAUAUGCAUGGAAAUAAUUUAUGAAAAAGCAUCCACUUCAGAGAAGAGAUUUGGAAUUCUUUCCAACUGCAAUCAUGUGUUCUGCCUGUCUUGCAUCAGACAGUGGAGAUGUACUAAGCAAUUUGAAAACAAAAUAAUCAAGUAUGUAUAUGUGUGCAAAAAAGCCUGCAAGUACUUUGAACAAGGGAAAGGGACUUGUCCAUUUGGAGGAAACUGCCUUUACCUGCAUGCUUACCCAGAUGGGACAAUUGCACAGCCAGAGAAGCCUAGGAAACAGUUCAGUUCAGAGGGCAGUGUCAGAUUUCUGAACUCUGUCAGACUUUGGGAUUUCAUUGAAGAAAGAGAGCACCGUAGUGUUCCAGAUAAUGAUGAUGAAGUAAAUGAGCUGGGAGAACUUUUCAUGCAUCUGUCAGGAGCAAAUGAACAAUCAUCUACAGAGUGAAAAAAUUAAGAAUAGUUCUUUCUGUUUUGUUCACUGUUUUGUAUAAUUUAUUGCUAAUAUGAUAGAGAGGAAAUGCUUUUUUUCAUUUAAUACUAUGACAACCUUAACUGAAUGAGUAACUAGGGCUGAUUAUUGAAACCUAUCUUCCAAAAGCUGUUUCCUUUCUCAUCAGAUUGCAUUUCUCCUUUAUCAAAGUCAAAUCUGAAAUAUUUACUCCUUUAUCAAAGCCAGCAAAGCCAAGACUAGACAAUAUUUGAUUUAUAUUUCUUCUGACUGAAAAAGUUGGAAGAUUGUCAUGCAUGAAGGAAAGUCUUUCUUUUUGAUAAGAAAGGUUAUAUGAUUGGCAUACUUUAGUAAGAAACAGCUGUCUUGUAUUUGGUAAGAGUGUGUAUGCCAUGCACCUAAUUAUAAAAACAAACAUGGAGGCUGCCAUUCUGUUUUAGGAAUGUCUAUAUAAGUUGUUGCUAAAGAGGAAAGGUGACAACAGAACUUUGAUCAGCCAACCAAGUGGCAUAUCCAGUUUGCCAAAUAUAUGACAUUUAGCUUGUAUUCAGCAGCAUAGUUAUAUUUUUCUGUCAUUACACCGUAUGGAAUAAGGACAUCAGUAAUUUCUCUUAUUAUUCAUAAAUGCACUACUGUCAUCAUUACUGAAGAAGUGAAUACACUGGAAAACACGUACUCUUUCCUUUUUGGAAAAUGUCUUUCUAUUAUUUUAUUUUACCAAAGAUAGCCCAGAUAAGAUGCAGUAUAUUAGGUCCUGUGGAAUUACGUUACACGCAAUUGUAUAGCUGCUAGAGAUGUGGAACAAAGUGAGACUAUAUCAGCUUAUCCAUCUAGUCAAAUUGGAAUGUUCAGGCCAUAGCUGCUUAGGCUGGCAUUUUGCAACAAUAAUAUUUUUUUUUUUAUUUUAGUUUUUGUUGGUUUAAGCAUUUGAGAUAGACUUACCCCAGUGCAUGGCUUACUCUUUCUCCUCAGUACUGUAAGGAUUACAGAAAACUGUGCCCACAACAUUCAUUAUCUUAAUGAAAAAUCAUUCAAAUAUCCCAUGAGAUCGUAGGUUCUGUGUCUCUGUCUUGAGGUAGUGAGAAGGCAUGCAGAAUUUCCAUAGCAUAACAGUGAUGUGUUGCUUCUUCUAUGUCCCCCACUUAAUAGCUUAAGAAAUAAUAACCAGGAUUCAGUACGCUAAUUUAAGCAUAUGUUUGUUUUUUUUUAAUCCAGCUGGUGAUUACUGAUGCCCAGUUCAGUUAUAAGAUUGACAAAGUAAGAGACAAAGGUAGUAUUUUUCAAAUGACAAGCAUUGGGAGACCAUCACUCAUCUUAAACAAAUAAGCAAGAGAAUCUGACAGUAGAUAGGGACUGCCUGGCCCACCAAGUUUGCACAUUCCUCCUUUCUCACUGGGUUCAAGUGCCUAGGAAGCAAACCAUUUCCCUGUGGUACAUUUGGUUGGGGAUACAUGGCUGAAGUGACAUUCAGCUGCACAGAAAUGUGGCUGUUGUACAGCACAUGUUUAUGUAACUGCAACAUGUCAAAGUGUGCUUCAGCAUGGAAGAAAUCUUGCAUGCUACUGUAGUCACAUUUGUACUCCAGUAUGCAGUUUAGGUAAUGUUUCUAGACACUGUGAAGGGGGUAGUGGUCCACACAUACCAAUUAUAAAGACACUGUCCAUUGAACAGUGCAUUUUUACUGCCAACGACAUGUCCACUGACCAGCCUACUGCUAAUGCCUCCCAAAGUGCCUGCUGUCUUAUGGGCCAUGGACAUAAUUUUCCCCCUAUUCACUUGGUUAUUGAAGUUGUGGGCAUGGCACCACAUUCUUCUGUUUUCCCACAGGGAGUUUGCAACAGCCAUAUUUCUGUGAAGCUGAAUGUCACUUCAUCUAUAUGUCCUUAACAAAAUGUACCACAGUGAAAUGUCUCGCUGCCUAGGUGCCUGAACCCUAUCCUUGCCUAGGUGCCUGAACCCUAUCCUACCUCCAUUGAAUAGUUUGCAGUUGUGAACAAUGAGAUGUUCUGCUUCCUCAUACAAUUUGACUCCACUCCAUUUCUUGUAUUUGCUUUUUUUCUCUUUUUAGAGAAAAAACAUCCUUGUUUUAUUUGAGUUUCCUAUUUCAUACUGUGACAUUUAUAUUCUUUUGCAGUUCUUUUGUUUGUUAUUACCUUCUUCAAAUUUGUAUAUGCUAAGUUUCCUUAGUCUCUUUUGUUAUGGUAUCUGGUGCAGAUAUAGCACCAUUUUGUCAUCUACCUUUCUUUCUUUUCGUCUGUUAAUGGUUUGUGCAGAAGUGGUGGAUUUUUGAGGGUUAGAAUGUGUACAGAAAGUAAAGGAUGAAAUCUUCCUUAAAGGGUCAUAGGACUUUGUGGAGUCAUAAAGUUUUACCUAUGCAAUAAAUAAAUACUAUUCUGGUUAUUGCAUAGCAGGGGUGAGUGUGACUUUUAUUUAUUUUGUCACAUUUGUCAGCUGGAUAAGUGAACUGCUCCAAGAGCCCUUUUCAGGCUUCAAAAAGUUUUUAUUUUGCAAAGCUACUUCAGCAACUUUAGGACGGCUAUGUUAUAACAAUCCCGGGGCUAUCUUGGCAACAUCUGGUUUCAUGCAUACUUCUGAGACUUGGUGAUUGUGCACUUGAAAGACUGUAGUGGAAAUUUAAACUGAGUCUUCUAGUUUUGAAUAUUCUUCAAUGUCUCUGCUCUACUUUUCAUUAAUUAAAGUCAAAUGUCCACUUAUACAUAUGUAGGUUGCACUUCUAAAAAGUCUCUCUGUCCUCCACCAAAGGCGGCCUGAUGUUUGACCAGAUUUGCAGAGCUUUGUGUCUUUCCUCUUUUAGUUGGGAAAACUCCACUUUCCCUGUGACAUUGGUACAUUUCCAGUAUAAACAUAGCUUCAAAAUUUGUCAUCUUUAAUUCUUUCCUGAUGCCCUUGAUGCAUUUCACUUAUGCUUUAUUGAACAUGUUUAGUGGUUGUAAUUUUUGCAGUUCAUUCUGAAUGCUUCCAUAGUUGAUGAGAUAAGUAAUCUCAUUGGAUACCUUUAUUAUUUUAUUAUAGUUGCUGUUGCUGGUUGUACUGGUACAUAGUUAAGUUUGCCAGUAUAACAGCAGAUAUUGUUUUUUUGUAAAUGGUAUGCAUGCAGUGUGAAAGGUUCUUCCAUGUACACGUAGACAUCAGAUCUUUCAUAAAUAUUUUCUUUCAAGGUAUUUUUUUGUCUGGAACUUUCCCAUAAUGUAUCAUUCUGACUUUCUGUGCUGGGUUCAGCAAGAAUACUGAGAAGAAGGAAAUUAGUUCUUGAGGCUUGCAUGAACAAGCAAAGGCUGGAGUCUGUCACUAAUAAGGCUGCUUUGUCUACUUACACCCAGCAAUUGACAGCUGCAGAUGCCCUUAUUAAAAAGAAAGAGACAUGUAGGAAAAGCAGAGAAAUGGGCACACCAUAAGAAAGAAAGCAGGGUGAUGGGUGCCAACUGGUCUUCCUUGAGCAAAUGAUGCUGCCACCACAGAAGAGCCUUUGCAGCUCCUGGUCAAGAUACCUGCUACUUCCAAGGUCAUUUGUAAGAUCCUGCAGAAGGCUGACUUGUCUUCAGUCAUUACACUUCUCUCUGGUCAUAGGCUAAAGGUAUGAUGACUGUGAUUGGGUCACAUGCCAGUUCCAAGGUGACUAACUCAAAUUGCCUGCUUUGUUGUUUCAAAAGGGGAGUGCGAUAUCUCCAUUCUACUAUUUAAAGAUAUCUGUAGUUAGAAAUAAGGGAUUCGUGAAGAAUACCUGCAAAUUCCAAAAUCCUUGGUGACCACCCGUGCAAUUUUGAGGAUUCCAGAGUCUGAUAUGUGGACAUCUGACAUUUCAGCUGUCUUGCUGCACUGCAGGUCCUCUCAUCUCAUUCUGUCUCAGCUUAACAGACCAGUUUAAGUUGGCUCAGCACUGUUUUUCAUUUAUCCAAAUCUGCAGGCCAAUCCCGACUAACCAUAUAUCUCUGGAGUCGAAAGGAAAACUUGGAGCUCUAUCCAGAAAGAGAGACUGUCCCUUCUGAAUCUUAAAGACAAAAAGACCUGGACUACAGAUCCCAGCUGUCCUUUCCUUUGGGGUACAGUCUUGAUGAGGACAGCCCCCCCCCCCCACACACACACACAAUUUUAAUAGGGUCCAUGAUUCUUUCAAAUAUCUAUAAAUAAUAUAGUAGUAGAUCCAGCAGUGAUAUUUCUAGAUGCAGCAAAGCUAUCUUAAUUUGGUUCCAGGGCAAAAUAUCCCUCCUAGUUACCAGGAGAACAAGUGAACCACUUUUGGUAAGUUUACACAACAUCAGCUAUUUCCUUCAGAGCCCUUAACUGUCAGAUACAUGAACACAUAUCAGAGCAAAUUUCACAUGCAGCUGCCUGAGGCUACAAGAAGUGUUACUGAUGAUACUCAAACUAAACUAGUCAGCCUUACCCAAUCUACUGUGGAGGUGUGCACACAUGCUGUUAAUUAGGUAGGUAUAUUGUUCUGUAUGCAGCACCCAUAUCUGCCUGAGGAUACAACCCCUCCCAAAACUUGUUAAUGCACCCCUGGAUAAGGACCAGCAGGUCUGUUCUUAGGAACCCCAUCAGAAAUGGUUAAACUGGAAAAGAAGAAAAAACUGUGAACACUGUUAAGCAACUGUCUUAAUAUCUUUUUUCCAGAUAUAGCAGGAAUUAUCUGUCAAAGAAUUGGCCUUACUACCGAUGACAAGAUAAAUGAAAGCAACCAAAGGGUAAUAAGGUCUUUCAGAAAAGAAAAACAUUUGCAAGAAGACUAAAAAGGGAGGGAUAUGGCCCAGAGCCGCCACCCCCCCCCCCCCAAUGGGGCAGCAGUGGCUGUGCUGCAGUUCUCUUUUCCCUUCUCUUACCCACUAUCCCAAACUAACUCUUAACUAUCUCCAUCCUUAAAAGAUAGGAGGCCUGCUUUCACUGUUCUCCCCCAAUUGGUAAAGCAUCACAAGGUGCAAGUGGGUUAUGCAGGUGAUCUGUCAAAGCUACAGACUAUAUUUCUCAUCAAUCACAAGAUUUCAGUGAAUUCCAGCAGUCCGUAAAGACCAAACGCAUUACUAAGGCCCUUGAUAGAAAUUAUGCUUCUGCAAGAAGCUCUAGAGUGAGUACCAAGAGAGAAGAGACUGAGACUGUUUUUCAAAACUGUUUCUGAUACCAGUAAAAAUGAACUGUGGAGACCCAUCCAAGACUUGUCAAAAUGAAUCAAGUUCCUAAUAGCAAAAUGUUAACACUUCACAUCCUCAUGUCCCACUAAGCCCUGAUGGUUGCCCUAGGUUAGGAGGAUGUCUACCUGCAUGUACCUAUUCACAGAGAAUGCAGUUGCUUCCUCAUGUAUGUUCAAAGUUUGGAAAUUCUAGUGCCAGUUUAAUUCAUUAACUUUGGUUUAGCUACUGCACCCAGAGUCUUUUCCAAAUGUCUGACUCCAUUAGUAGUGCAUUGGAGGCUUUCAAAUAUACCCAUAUUUGGAUGACUUUCUAAUUCAGGCAUAGUCCCAGUAGGAUCUAGAGGGGGAACAGUUCUAUGUAUGGAAUUAUUUCAGAAAACAGUACCGUCUCUCAGCUGUCCUGGGGCGUUGCUAUAUAAAUGCAUGUGUAUAGAUAGAUAAGAUAUAAAAUGAUUUCAGAAACAGGGUCUGUCCCUCAGCCUUCAAAAAUUCAGUUUGAACCCUUCCAAAACAAUGGUCAUAUUUGAAGUUCUGUUGGAUACCGUCAAGUCAGGAAGCAAUCCUGCCCUAGGCAAACAGACUUUCUGGAAAAUGUCUUUCAGGUAAUGAACUAGAAGAUGAACAUCUCUGCACAGUAAUUCCUGAUAUUGCUGUUAUAUGCAGCAUCAAACGUUCUCAUGGUACCACUAACAAGGCAGCACUUGAUGAAAUUGCAGUGGUAGUUCGGGAAUGUUUGGAAUCAGCACACCUGGUCCUUAGAUUAUGUCGUUACCCUAUUGCCCUGUGUAUGUUAGGAAUUAGUACAGUGAAGUCACCAACCAGUCAAGAACCAGGGUUUUCACUUCAAAUAAGAACCCAAGACUCAAGUCUUGACAUCAGAUGCCUCCAGCAUGGUUUUGGGAGGACCUGUUUAGUCAGCAUUGUAGUUAAGAAAAUAUGUGAUUGUAUACAAUUGAAAUGCAUCAGUAUAAAGGAAAUGGUGAUUGGCUUUAGAGCUCUGUUUGGCAGGAAGACAAUCUGAAGACCAGGGCUGCUGCACCUGAUAAAGCAGUACAAUGGUGAGGCGGUAUUUAAACAGGAGGGUAUUCACUUUUUCUCAGUUUACAGGCUGGCCCUGGAAUCAGUAAUGACCUUAAAAUCCUCAUAAAUCCCCUCUGAACAGAAUACAUUAGCAGAGCAACUAUGCAAGACUUCUGCAGUUCUUUAUGAAUGGAUGUUAAACAGGUGCAUCUCUUGGCCUCUACUCACAGGUGGUUUACCAUAAAUAUAUACGUGUGCUUCUCCAGUCAAAAGGCAAAUGAAUAAAUUCUGCUCAAGAGCACCAUACAUAUAUGGUUGGGCAGUCAGCACCAUCUCAUUUAUUUAGGCAAGUCUGUGUCUGUAUGUAUUUUCUCCCUUUCCCUUGCUGCCUAGGAUUCUUCAGACGAUAAGACAGGAGAGGCCAACAUUAUAUUAAUGGCAUUAUUUUGUCCAGGGCAGCAUUGGUUCUCCCGCCUGAUAGAAAUGGGGAAGGAAGAUCUAUUUCCAUGUGAAACUCCAGAUUCAUCUCAGAUUGUCUUUGUAAUACCCAGACCUGUUCACACUCGCACUAACAGCCUGGAAGAUACGACCUUGUUAUACUUAAGGAAACCCUUCUAAUAGGAAGUGCUCAAGGUAGUGAGGGAAGUGGUUCAUCUAGCAGCAGUUGCAUUGGCAGGACCAGAUGGGCUGGUGAGUGAGCACCUGACCCCAACUCACCCAUGGUCUGGAGAGGGAAGCUUCCUAGGCUCACUGCAACAGCAGCAGUAAGAGUCAAGUGCACUCUGUAUUGCAAGCAGUAUACUGCUUGGGCAGGAGGAUGACCAUGGGCAGAAGCAUGCAUGCACCCGCAGUUGCAGAACUUGCAAGGCUGUGGCAGGGUGGGAAGGGGUUAGGGCAUACUUCCCAGCAGCAGUAUAAUGGUGCACCACCAUCCUCCAUCUCCUCACUGGCCCCCUGAUGUGGUUCAGGUUGAGAAAGCAGGUCCUGUAGACACAGUGGCAGAUGAUGGUCAGCUGUUGGGGAUGGCAAAAAAAAUAAUAAGGGAAGCUAGGAGGCCAAGUACUAGGAAAUCUUACCCAAGUAAAUAUAACAGAUUUUCUCCUCUGGUAGCUAGGUAGGAACCAGGAUACAAAGGCUGUGAAAGUUUAUAUGGUUCAGCACUAUCUGUCUGAGCUUUUUUAAUUCAAGGCUAACUUGUGCCUCGGUGAAAGAUACACUUGUCAGCUGUCAUGAGUCUGCCAUCCUGUGGAUCCUGCACUUGCCACUUUACUUCCAGUUAAAUGGUUUAUUAAAAUGUUUUUGUAUUUGAGGACUGCCUAAAAAAGAAAUGACUGCCCCAUGGGACCUGCAUUUUGCUCUAGUAAAAGUUACUCAGAAUCAUUUCCAAAUAGCUGACAAAGUACCCCAGGUUCAUGACUGUGAAAACAUCCCUGCUUCUUUCUGUUACUUCAGCCAGGAGAAUAUCUGCACUCCAUAUUUUUAUGAACAGAGGAGCCUGUCUUUGUAUUUUACAGACAUGGUGAGUUUAUGUACUGCAUUCUCUUCAUGCCUAAAGAUUUUUUUUCAAAACUAUUGAUCUGAAGUAGUUGACUUAAUUCAUUCUGCACAUAUGGGUAUACGGAUCCGAUUCGGGUCCGAGCCGGUAAAAACUUUUCAAGCAUGAGCUGUGAUCUCCAAGCUCCUCCCUUACCUGUAUUACAUCACUUCCUCCUUUCUAGCCCCAGAUCU